UAAUAAUUCAAAGAGUUGUGAACUACCCCAUUCAACUGAAUAGGGUGUUAGCGUGGAAACCUAACAACGAUGAUUUAACUACUUCAUUGCUGAUCAAAACAUAUAAGAAAAGAGAGGGACGACUCUGUUAUGAUGAAUUCAGCCUACUGCGAGUAGCCUCUUGUUUUGGUCUUUUAAGUAGACAGAGCUUGGUUGUGGGCAGAGCUUGGCUGCCACGGUGGAUGAUGCCGUGCUGCGGAAGAAAGAGCAGAAAGAUGUUGAACUGGAUAAGAAAAUCCUGGCUUUGCGGAAAAAGAAUGAAGCUCUCAUACGAAGGUACCAGGAAAUAGAAGAGGACAGAAAGCGAGCAGAGCAGGAGGGGAUGGCUGUCACAUCCAGGAGACCCAAGCAGGAUGGUCUGACUAUUACUAUCACCAAGGCCCAUAAUGAGAAAAGGGUGGUGAGUGAGAAAUGGGGCAGCAGCUGCCCCACCAGCCCAGGGUUUGGAGUCGGCAGUGAGGAGGAAGAUGAGGAGGAAGCAGAUCAUAUGUUUACAUUCAGGAUGGGGAAGAGGAUGCAGCUGGCUGUUACUAUGGACAACAAAGCCAAGGGGAAGCGGAUUGUCAGUGAGAAACGGAGUUCAGAAGGCCUCCUGAGUCAAGGUGGGGACCCAGACCUGAGCGAGGAAGAGGUGGAUCACCUGGUAGCUCUCCGCAGAGGGAGACGGAUGCAGAUUGCCAUCACCAUGGACAACAAGGAAAAAGUGGAUGAAAGGAGAACAGUGGAGAGGAGGCGAUCAGACACUGAUAAGUGUUCAGAGAGUGAACACAACAUAAAGGAGGGAGGGAAACCUCUCCAGAAGAGUCCAGGAGACAUGGGUUUCACCAUGACUGGACGGGAACGCUCAGAAUACGUGCGAUGGAAGAAAGAACGAGAUCAGAUCGACCUCGAGAGGCUAGCGCGCCACAAGAACGCAAAGGGCGAAUGGCGACGGGCUUGGGAUAUAGAAAAGUCAGAGCACAUGUUUGAGGAGGACUUUACUAAGGAUGGGGAGCCAGUCUUGGAUAAUCUCAGCAGUAAGAAAGGGGGAAGAAAUGCCAGGAAAUUCCAGCACAGAUCCUUUCCUUCUGAAGGGAGAGGUGGAGGACAAAGCACGAUGACCACAAGUGAGCCUGCUUCCAAACCAGUACCAGUUGUGAGCAGUAAAGCCAGAGGAAAGGAUAGACUGACUGGCAGAGCCAGAAGAUGGGAUGCGAAGGAAGGUGAAGACAUGUCCUUUCUAAAGGAUGACCCUGAUAACCAGGGAUCCACCAGUGCUGACACACUGAAAAGCAAAGUUCCAGCUGGCAGGGAGGUGACGGAACAGAAUUGCAUGGCAGAUCAGGAAGUGAACAUGGAGCAGCAAAGGCCCCAAGACCCUGGUUUCUUCUCAUCACAAGGGGAGAGAGGUGGGAAGGUUCUGUCUGCACAGGACAAUCAGAGGGAGAAACAGCAGGCAGGGAAGUACCUCAGCAAGGAAGUGGCAGUGUCCAGUGUGAGUGACUCAGAGCCAGAAUCCAAGCAAAGUCAGGAAAGAAUUCUGGAAGCUAACACUGAGAAGCCUAGCACUACCAAUCUCUCCCAGCAGGGCAGCUGCAUGAACAGCAGCACUUCCCAAAUCAUCACUACAAGCACUAUGCAAGCUGCUGGCCCUGGCAGUAAGGGAAGCACGUCAACACCCCUGGGAAAUGGGUUAGAGAAAAAUGCUCUGUCAGAAAGAGAACCCAUUGAGGACUCUUCAGAAAGCUUCAGCGGAAACCUGGAAGAGGCAGCACGUGGUAGAUGUGAUGGAGCCAAAGGACUAUCACUGAGGAGAGUGGCUGAGGUGUCCCAAUACACUGGUUCUGAGGGGCAAAAAGUCACACUGAAAGGAGGCAAGGUAGCCACAUGCCUUGAACACAGAGGGGAUCCUGCAUCCCCAAGGAAAGACAUCUCAGACAAGAUUGGGGUCUCACAGAACAGGAAAGGUGACCAGCCUGAGAAGUGCAGUUAUAAAAACAGUGGGGACGGUCAGAACUCAAGGAGAAUACACUGGAUUGCAAGAGAUUGAAGGACAAAGUGCUAAGGGGUGGUUGAUGAGAAAGGAAGCUGAGCACAAUCUUCUCCUCACUCUCAGAGCUUGUAUGAAAUCAACUUUGGGCACCAGGCCUUCACCUUUCAUCAUCCAAUAUCAACAUUCACCACAAACUAGAUCCCACUGGUCAGUAGCCAUUCACCUCCCUGAAACUGAGUGUUCACCAUUUUGGUAUCACCUCUCGGUACCUGUCUCUGUGCCAAAUGACAGAGAAACCUACAAAUCAAGUUGCUAGAGGGGAGAGAAGAUGAAACACUGUCACUUUUAUUUUGUAUUUGUUUUUCUUACAUUAUGAGUGUGUGGCAAGCCAUGACUUAUAUACUGUAUGCACUUUAUUUUACUUAAUAACCAAUUCUAUUUAAAACUGAGGUUUGGUUUUCAGCGCCUCCCUCCUGCUUAAAGGCUGACAGGAUACUGCACCCUCCAGGAAAGGCUGAUAGAAGUGUUUAAAGGUUUUUGGGGAGCGCUCAUCUUGAAGCUUUGAAGUUAAUGGGCAACUGCCAAAUUAGAACGUAUUAGGAUGCGGGUUCCUGUCUCCUCAUGAGAAAGGGUGACGGACGAGAUGGAUUUUUUGGGGAGGUGUUAAAGUGUAGUUUUGUAGGUGGUUGAGAAAUUGAAGGGUGUUGGGUAAGGCGGAUUAUACUAGUGCCUCAAAAUGGCUGAAGAGUUGGCAGGGAUGCAAGGACAUACUGUCAUCCUCUAGACAACAGGGCAUUGAGGAGGUAGAGUGUUAAGGAGUUACACUGUGGUUCAUGAAUAAUUUUGAAAGGCUCAGAAUGACUCAUUGGUGCCACUAUGUUAUUCAGGAGCUCACCAUUUCCUCCUUUUGGAUUUAGCAGGCACAAGUGGCAGGCAGCACAUUAACUCUGUGGAGAUUAGGCUUUCCUGAGUAGGAUACUGGAUUGAAUGGAUACGAGUGCCACUUGAAGGGAUCCUGGUAAAGUGCCAGGUCUGCUUCUUAAAACCCAGUAGCAACUGGCACUUACUUGGUCAAGUGAGCUAAUGGCACCUAAAAUCACAUGCACCAGGCCGGGUUAGGAGGGGCAUUCAAACAUGGUAAUCCUCCUUCUCUACCUAACCCACCAAGAAUUUGCUAGGACAUGUGAGGAUAUUUGUGGAAAGACUUCUGGGCUAGUUAAGGUUGAACAUCCAGGUUUCCUCUGAGAUCCUUUCACUUUCCUAACCACACCCUCUGCUCUCUUAACCUUCCAAAGCCUUCUGCUUGCAUAAGGUGGCACAGUAGUGACUUCCCAGGAAUCUGCCACAUUAGGUUUUGUUUUAGCCUUAAGACAAAACACCUUUCAUAAGGAGUUGACUAAUCCUUUACUAGGGUAAAUCAGAAUAGCUUCAUUAAUUUCAAUGGAAACAUGCUAAUUUACAUCAAGGACUUGGCUCAAAAAUGUCAUCCAAUUAAAGAAAAGAUGGGAAGUGGGCUUGAGAGAUAACAUUACAUAUUUUCAGGCUGAUGACUUACAGAAAAGGGGGACUGUCCUCAUUUUCAAACCUGGCCCUGAGAUGUGAAGCAGUUUCAUCCUCUCCAUUGAAGGGAGAUGUGAAUGUGUGUGUGG